GUGAAGAUCGCAAUGUAGCUGUACAUUUUGUCGACAUGACAGGUUUUUUAACCUCAAAAAAUCACCAUUAGCAUGAUUAGCAUAAUUACAAGAAGCGACACUUUUUUUUGAUCAAACCUUUCGUUUUGCACAAAAACGUGGCAAAUGAGAAUAAGUUUGUCGAUAUUUGAAAUGAGAAGUAAAACUAUAUAAGAUAAUUUGGUUUGAAGAUGAAGGCGUUCCUGAGCGAUUUUCUCUUCUGAAAAUGGCGAUAUUUACUGGCGGUGAAUAUCGAAACGCAGCCUCAAUCUCGUUUUUUAGUGACAACAGAAAUAUGAAAAAAUGAUGCAAGAUGAUCGAGAUUUGCAUCGACUCGUUGGAAUCCGCAAGAAAUGCAAUCGAAGGAGGCGCUAAUAGACUGGAAAUUUGUUCUGCUCUUUCAGAAGGCGGUUUAACACCAACUCCGGGCCUAGUUAAGCAAAUAAGAAAUUUUACAUCGAUUACGCUUUACGUUAUGAUUCGUAUUCGUAACGGUGACUUCGUGUACACUUCUGAAGAAAUUGAGGCUAUGUUGUAUGAUCUGAAAUUACUUAAGAAUCAGAAUGUAGAUGGGUUCGUUUUCGGUGCGUUGACUUCUAAUUGCGAGAUCGACGUGACUGCAUGCAAGAAAAUCAUUGCCGUUGCUCAUCCUUUGCCAGUGACGUUCCACCGUGCCUUUGAUCUGACAAACGAUCCUUUAAAAUCAAUGGAAGUCCUUGCCAAUCUUGGCUUUCGGAGAAUUCUGACAUCAGGACAGAAGAAUACUGUUCUGGAAGGACUAGAGCUUAUAAACAUAUUGGUGCAAAAAGCUCCAGAAAACUUUAUUAUUAUGCCUGGGGCUGGUAUCACAAGAGAUAAUAUUCACAAGAUUAUGAAUUCUGGUGCAAAGGAAUUUCAUGCAUCAGCGAAGAAGAAAAAAGAAAACAUUGGUAGUGCAAAUAAACUUAGAAUGGGCACAAGAGAUGAUGAUUUUAUUAAUGUAACCGAUAGAGAGUUAGUGAAAGAGUUAGUUGAUAUAAUCAAAACUUCAUCUUAAGUUUAUUUUAACAUACCAUAUAAACCAUUUUAUUUGCAGAAUAAAACAUCUGAAGUUAAACUUAAAACAAUCUUAAACAUAAAAAUACAACUAUAAAUCUUAGCUAUACUCAAUGUGUCUCAAUAUAUAAAUGUAUAUAUGAAAGACAAAUGAUUUAGUGAAAAAUGUACAUUUUCGU